GGCCACGCCCCAAGUCGGAAGUGACGGAGCCGAGCUAGCGCGUCGAGGCUGCCUCUAUGGUUUUGCCUCUCCGGCUGGAGUCGGGAAAUGGCCGCUGUGUAGUUACGACGGAGAGAAGUCCCGAGAGCCGUGCCUCGGCGUGUCAGGAAGAAUCUUGGCAGUAUCUUAAAGGCAUCACUGACUUCCGGAUCCUGCAUAAAGCAAAAGGAGAGAAGAAAUGGGCCGCUCCAAUUCUAGAUCACAUUCUUCAAGAUCAAAGUCUAGAUCACAAUCUAGUUCUAGAUCAAGAUCAAGAUCACAUUCUAGAAAGAAGAGAUACAGUUCUAGGUCUCGUUCCAGGACAUAUUCAAGGUCUCGUAGUAGAGAUCGUAUUUAUUCUAGAGAUUAUCGUCGAGAUUACAGGAAUAAUAGAGGAAUGAGACGGCCUUAUGGGUACAGAGGACGGGGUAGAGGGUAUUAUCAAGGAGGAGGAGGUAGAUACCAUCGUGGUGGCUAUAGACCUGUCUGGAAUAGAAGGCAUUCUAGGAGUCCUAGACGAGGUCGGUCACGUUCCAGGAGUCCAAAAAGAAGAUCUGUUUCUUCUCAAAGAUCCCGAAGCAGAUCCCGACGAUCAUACAGAUCCUCUAGGUCUCCAAGAUCAUCAUCAUCGCGUUCUUCAUCCCCAUAUAGCAAGUCUCCUGUCUCUAAAAGACGAGGUUCUCAGGAAAAACAAACCAAAAAAGCUGAAGGGGAACCCCAAGAAGAGAGUCCUUUGAAAAGCAAAUCCCAGGAGGAACCAAAGGAUACAUUUGAACAUGACCCAUCUGAGUCUAUUGAUGAGUUUAAUAAGUCUGCCACAUCUGGUGAUAUCUGGCCUGGCCUUUCAGCUUAUGAUAAUAGUCCGAGAUCACCUCAUAGUCCUUCACCUAUUGCUACACCACCCAGUCAGAGUUCCUCUUGCUCAGAUGCCCCCAUGCUUAGUACAGUCCACUCUGCCAAAAAUACCCCUUCUCAGCAUUCACAUUCCAUUCAACACAGUCCCGAAAGGUCUGGAUCUGGUUCUGUUGGAAAUGGGUCUAGUCGAUACAGUCCUUCCCAGAAUAGUCCUAUUCAUCAUAUUCCUUCGAGAAGAAGCCCUGCAAAGACAGUCGCACCACAGAACGCUCCAAGAGAGGAAUCUAGGGGGCGGUCCUCUUUUUAUCCUGAUGGAGGAGAUCAGGAAACAACAAAGACAGGAAAGUUUUUAAAAAGGUUCACAGAUGAAGAGUCUAGAGUAUUCCUGCUUGAUAGGGGUAAUCCCAGGGAUAAAGAGACUCCCAAGGAGAAAGGAUCAGAGAAAGGCAGGGCAGAGGGAGAUUGGGAAGACCAGGAAGUUCUAGAUUACUUCAGUGAUAAAGAGUCUGGCAAACAGAAGUUUAAUGAUUCAGAAGGGGAUGACACAGAGGAGACAGAGGAUUAUAGACAAUUCAGGAAAUCGGUCCUGGCAGACCAGGGGAAAAGCUUUGCUGCUUCAUCUCACCGGAACACUGAGGAGGAAGGACCCAAAUACAAGUCCAAAGUUUCACUAAAAGGCAAUAGAGAAAGUGAUGGAUUUAGAGAAGAAAAAAGUUACAAACUGAAAGAGACUGGAUACAUAGUGGAAAGGCCUAGCACUGCAAAAGAUAAGCACAAGGAAGAGGAGAAAGGUUCUGAAAGAAUAACAGUAAAGAAAGAAACACAGUCACCUGAGCAGGUAAAGUCUGAAAAGCUCAAAGACCUCUUUGAUUACAGUCCCCCUCUACACAAGAAUCUAGAUGCACGAGAAAAGUCUAUCUUCAGAGAGGAGAGCCCGCUUAGGAUCAAAAUGAUAGCCAGUGAUUCUCAUCGUCCUGAAGUCAAACUUAAAAUGGCACCUGUUCCUCUUGAUGAUUCUAACAGGCCAGCCUCCUUGACUAAAGACAGGCUGCUUGCUAGUACGCUUGUCCAUUCUGUCAAGAAGGAGCAAGAAUUCCGAUCCAUCUUUGACCACAUUAAGUUGCCUCAGGCCAGCAAAAGCACUUCAGAGUCAUUUAUACAACACAUUGUAUCCUUGGUUCAUCACGUUAAAGAGCAAUACUUCAAAUCACCUGCAGUGACCCUAAACGAGCGGUUCACUUCAUACCAGAAAGCCACUGAAGAGCAUAGUACCCGGCAAAAGAGCCCUGAGAUACACAGGAGGAUUGACAUCUCUCCAAGUGCUCUGAGGAAACAUACCCGUUUAGCAGGGGAAGAGAGAGUUUUUAAAGAAGAAAAUCAGAAGGGGGAUAAAAAAUUAAGGUGUGAUUCAGCUGAUCUUCGGCAUGACAUUGAUCGCCGCCGUAAAGAAAGAAGUAAAGAACGGGGGGAUUCCAAGGGCUCCAGGGAAUCUAGUGGAUCAAGAAAGCAAGACAAAACUCCAAAAGAUUACAAGGAAUACAAAUCUUACAAAGAUGACAGCAAACAUAAGGGUAGAGAGCAAGACCAUUCUCGAUCGUCAUCCUCUUCAGCAUCACCUUCCUCACCGAGUUCUCGAGAAGAAAAAGAGAGUAAGAAAGAAAGAGAAGAAGACUUUAAAGCUCAUCAUGAGAUGAAAGACUACUCGGGAUUUGUAGGAGUUAGCAGACCUCGGGGAACCUUUUUUCGAAUUAGAGGCAGAGGAAGAGCCAGAGGAGUUUUUGCUGGGACAAAUACUGGUCCAAACAACUCAAAUACCACUUUUCAAAAGAGACCGAAGGAAGAGGAAUGGGAUCCAGAAUAUACCCCAAAGAGCAAGAAGUACUUCUUGCAUGAUGACAGAGAUGAUGGUGUGGAUUAUUGGGCCAAAAGAGGAAGAGGUCGUGGUACUUUUCAACGUGGCAGAGGGCGCUUUAAUUUCAAAAAAUCAGGUAGCAGUCCAAAGUGGACUCAUGACAAAUACCAAGGGGAUGGGAUUGUUGAAGAUGAAGAAGAGACCAUGGAAAAUAGUGAAGAAAAGAAGGACAGACGCAAAGAAGAAAAGGAAUAGUCUCAAGAUUGCAACAGAGAGCAGAACUUGGCACUCAAUUUUUUUAAACCUGAUUUUUGUUUUCAAAUAAGAAUGUAAACAUUUUACUUAAAAUUUACUGUUUGCAAGUAGUCUAUAGAAAUUUUGUUUUAAGUUUUCAGAUACCUUGGGAAAAAAAUAGUAGACUGUAUGUUGAAAAUUGUAUUGAAAUAAAGUAGAAAAUGUUCCGUACCAUAUUUGUAACUAUCAACUUUUAAAACCUUUGACUGUUUUUGUUAAUGCAUUGUAUUCUGCUUUGUCUAUAAGAAAUGGUCAAGUCCAGCUAUGUGACAGCUCUGAUUCUCUUGACUUCCUGAUUGUUAAUGUUUGGUUCAUAAGUACACGUUAGCGCUACACAAAUCCACACAAACCUUCCUUCCACCAAGAGUUGUUUAUAGUGACCACACUAAUUAUUUAACUAUACACUUCUGUUUAACAUCUUUUUUCAUUUGAACACUACGUUGUAGUGUGACCAAUUUUUGAAAGUACCACGAAAGUUGCUAUUCUGGUAAACUAAAAAUAGUCUCACACUUCAGCAAAUAUAUAAGGACAAUAGCUUUGUUAAUAGCUAGAAACUACAAAUUAUUAAAAGUUAGAAAGCUUUGAGAAAUUGGUAUUUUUGCUGAAAGCAAACAGUGGCGUGUAGUCAUUUUAAGAUUCUUUCCUGUAUGAAUUAAAAAUUCAAUAUUCUCUUCCAUUCUCAUUUGAUAGUUUGAGUCAUGGUCUUAGAUAUCUGCUACCUAAAAGAGAAACUGUGGUUUGUACUAUUAGAGUAAGUACAAAUUCUAAGUCCACAGACCUGGUUGUAUUUUUUUAAAGAACAAAACAGCAAAACUUGGGAGUCCUAUUCAUUUGGAGCUUUCUCCUGAAGUAUAAUUUGAUAUAAUUAGUCAUUAAAUACCUGAUUGCAAAGCAUACAUAGUUAUUGGAGACUCUGAACAGCUGUAGAUUAGUUCAUAAUUUAACCAUGUAAUUACAGAUCCAAUGUGCUGUUUAGUAGUUAGUUUUAAUAUUAUCAAUAAACAUUUUGGCAGGAAGCUUGUAGCAUUGAUCUAACUGCCCACCUUCCUUACUUUAAUUUAAGUUUAUAAAAUGGCCUUUUUCUUUUCAAGUAGUCUGUCUGCCUUACCUAAAGAGGUAGAUACUCUUCUUUGCUAUUUAUUAUUAGCUCUUGGAGGAAUAAAGUUCACGCUAAGGCUGACUUACUCCUAAACAUGUAAGACUAGCCAUUGUAUCAGAUUAGUUGUAUAUUUUUGCAUUUAAAGGGAAAAAUGCUUAUUCUAUUACUGUAAACAUUUAAAGCUUGCAAGUGUAUGGCUGUUUCAUUCUGUUUUGAUGAUUUACAAUGUGUCUUAGACGUUGAAUAGCUAGUGACAUUCGCAAAGAGCUGUUGGCAGCAAAAUUAAACUAAAGCCCAAAAGUUAACAUGUGAUGUUUAUCUUUUUUAAAAAAAUGGUUUUGCCUUUGGCCAGUUAUCUUUAUUUUGAAAGUCUUAAUUGUUAAAUAUGUCUAAAGUGCAAUUUUUUUUUGUUGCAGCUAAGCAAUAGCAGCAUUUUUAAAAACAGACCUUAGAAAAUGUUUAGAACAGUUGAAAAAAAUUACAAUAAAAAUUACAAUGUGAUCUAGAUACAUUUUUUCUUCAGGGUGACUCAGACAUUGCAUCUGGCACAGCUUUGGAGAAAUUACCAACACACACACAUACAAAAACAUUCUUUUGCUCCCAGGGCUGUCAAACCAAGGCUUCUUGCUCUUGGGUUCUGCAUGGUGCUGAUAUCUGGGUCCCAGCUAAUAUCUUGCUGUCAUCAAUAGCAGUGGAACACCAGUUGGUGAUUCUUGUUUAAAGUCUCAGUAUCAGUAACUGAACAGAUUGUCCACCACAUCUGGUCUUACAAAUACCACCCUUCAUUACUUUAGUCUGAAUCUUCCCAUCAGAGGCUAAUUCUUGGUGGCUCAGGAUAUACUUCUCACACUUGACUGGCUCCUUUUCAUUUGCAGCAGAUACUGUGAUGGAGGUGAGGUACAUGGGACUGCAUGACGGUCUCAGUUUGCACAUUGGGGGUAGACUUAUGACCCACCCAUCUGCUCCUUGCAGAGUGGGAUCUUCUGCCAUUUCAUUGUUUCUGUCAACAUGCCUUGCAACCUGGGUUCUUAUCUGCGCUUGUCAGCAAACUGUUGCUGAUGCUUCUGAUUGUGCCUCUCAAGCUCCUGUUGCAGAUUAUCUUCUUCAUAGAUCGUGGUUGUUUUCUCCAAAAUCUCAGUCUUGCACUCCAAAGUUUUGUUCUUCUCCAGUCCUUCUGUUUCUGAUUUCUGUCCUUUUCCAUUUAGUUUUUCCUGAGACAUGUUUAUCUUAAGAUUCUCACCCAGUGUUGCCUGAUUUCUCCCAUUAAUUGUCUGUCUGAAAUUGUUUAGUAAAUCAGAAAAUAUCUGGAAUACAACUUUAUUGCAUCAAUCUGGACAUAAUUAGUACCAUCCUGUUCAGAUUAAUACCUAAAUAUAAAAGCAAUAUGUAUUCAGUCCCCUAACAACUUUCAUAUCAUUCUGUUUCAUAUGAAUACAUUAACUUUUAACAGGUUUUUGGUUAUACACUGAAUCUUGACAUGUUUACUUUUUCUACACCAGAAAAGUAGAUUCACUGAAAAAUAACUUAGUAGGGAGUAACAGGUUAUAUUUUAAAUGCGAAUGCAAUGCUGUAACCUUUGGUUCCUACUACAGUGUAGGAAAGUGUGAUGGUAAGCGCUCUUCAGUAAAACACCACUGUGAAUCUUCUCUCUCAGAGCCAAACAUAACGCAGCCUUUGUGUAGUUUUUAAGAUCACUAGUUUCACAUUUCAUGACAUUAUAAAAGUUGAAUGGUUCCUCUUGGUAAAGCUGCUUGAUUUUAAGUGCCAGGAAAGUAGCUGUUAAACGUUAUACUUCCUUUGCCCAGAGAAAAGAAAUAAAAUGAACCAAAGGAUUUUUCCAGAAAAAGCAGUUUCAGAAGGCCAUGACUCAAUUCUUAGGUGUGUAUGCUUUUCAGCAUCUUAGGGAUUUUAAGAAAAAGCGACGUCUUUUCCAGUUGCACUCUGUUUCUAGGAAUUAUUAUUGUUCCUUUUUGUCACCAUUAAAAUCAGUGUUGGGAAUUAAAUUAUGAUUUGAGGGAAAAUUGUUACCCCAUGAGAAUGGAUGUAGAUGGCUGAAGGAUUCUUACUCAGUGUGGUGUAUAUUUCAACAGGGACCCUUGUAAGUUGUCAUAUGCCAAUAAAAUGUCCUAAGUGGUAA